AUGACUACCGCCGCCCCGUCUUGCACAUCUUUCUCCAUCUGGCUGGGAAAGUAUUUGACUCACCUUAGCGAUGAGAUUGAUAUUGAAGUCUAUGGUGAUUACAUUGAAGGACUUCUUAACGACGAAACUUUGGAUAAACCAGAGAUCAUCGACAGCAUUCGGAGUUUUCUCGAAUCCGUGUUGCCCUCAGAGUUGGCCAUUGAAGGCAGUGAAACGAUAUUUACGCGUUUUCAUGAUCUACAAGUCACCCCAUCUGCUCAAUCUCCCACCACUGCUGCCACCAACACCACUGCCUCUGAGCAUUUUGACCGAUUGGAGGAGCAGAUGCGUUCCAUUCUUAUCUCGACCGUUGUUGCUAAUACCACGACUCCGGUGCCUUCCUACGUCAAUCCCUUCCCUCCCAGGAAUUCCUCAACGAAACUCACUAAUCUGAAUACACAAGGGGAAAAAAAUCAACCCCAAGGGAAGCAAGAAUCUCAGUUGCAGAAGCAACGAGAUGCCUGUACAGUGGCGGUGCUUCGUGCAGCGGGUGCGACUGGUUACCAGGGUGAUGCUGAAGCUGAGGCAGCACUGAAGGUGGCUCUGGCUGACGCCGAAUACUUUGCUAAGCAGGUGGCAAAUGGGGGUGGAAUCUCUCCUUCAGCGACGACGGCGUCAAAAGGCGGAAAGACUGGCUUGGGUGUUGAUGUAGUGGCUGCGGCAAUAAUGGAGCGAGAAGAGGAGAUCGACCUGGAGGAAAUUGAGGAGAAGCAGGGAUACGCUAAAAAGGAGGGAAUCAAACCAGGCAACGUAAUGGAUGCUCUCUCCACUCUCAAUCCGGGGAAAUUCAGUUCCUCUGAUACUGCAGUUGCCGCAGCAGAAGAUUUCAAGUCCUCGCGGCAUCUUAAACGAAUGCCGACACCAGGUGAUGUCAAUUCCAGCUCCACUCCCGGCUACCUCCUUCUCAAUUCUCGGAGUACGGGGAGCAGCGUCGGUGGCGCAGCCAAUACGUCCUUCAUUGCUGGCGCUGGCGCAGCAAAUAUCCCGAAGAAGAAGUCGGCUCCGCCUUCGAAACACCUAGCCGAUAUUGGAGCAAGGGCUGAGGAGAAGCAUCAGCGAAUGAUGGCAAAGCAACAAGAAAGGUUGAGUGCUGUUGGCGUUGGUGGGACAAGUGGUAAUCGGCUCGACGAUAUGGAUGCAUUCUUCUUCAGUGACGAUGAAGAUGACGUGGAGGCGAGAAUGAGGAGAACGCAGCAAAGAAAGAAAGAAGAAGAUGUGCUACACGCUGAUGGUGGCAAGAGAGAACGAGUAAUUGAGGCAGAAAAAUUGAACAGAGUCAUUUCGGCCCGUGAGUAUGCAGAAAGCAGAGCGAAGGCAAAGGCAGAAAGGGCAGGUCAAGAGGAGGAAAAUGCAAAACGGAAGGUCGUUGUGCACCAGAGGACGCAAAAGUUGGAACGGAGACGUCACUAA